AUUUCAACAUACCAGGGCCAGGGAGAUAUAGACACCAAUAAAAGGGAACAGGACUUGACAGAAGGAUAGAAAUCAUCAGCAGAGAGGGGCUUGACCUGGUCUUGAGCUGCCAACAUGGGACGAGCAGCGAUCUGGAUAGGUUUGAUUCUUCUGCUGUUUCUUCAAUGCAGCUCUGCUGAUAAGCUGGUCUGCUACUUCACCAACUGGUCCCAAUAUAGGUCUGGCCAGGCAGCCUUCCUCCCCAAGGAUGUGGACCCCUUCCUUUGCACUCACCUCAUCUAUGCCUUUGCUGACAUGAAGGAUCACCAUCUCACCACAUUUGACCCAAAUGAUGUGCAGUUUUACAAGGAUUUGAACAGUCUGAAAAGCAGGAAUCCCAACCUGAAACUCCUGCUGGCCCUUGGAGGCUGGAAUUUUGGCACUAAGAAGUUCACAGACAUGGUGGCCGGGCCUGAAACCCGCCAGAUUUUUAUCCAGUCAGCCAUCAGCUUCCUGCGUCAACACAAUUUUGACGGCUUUGACCUUGACUGGGAGUACCCAGGCAGCCGGGAUAGUCCUGCUGUAGACAAGGAGCGAUUCACAGCUCUGGUAAAGGAACUGCACAACGCCUUCCUCCAGGAAAGUCAGACGUCAGGAAAGAAUCGGCUCCUUCUGAGUGCAGCGGUUCCUGCAGGUCGAUACCAAGUGGAUCGAGGCUACGAGGUCCAGAAAAUUUCCCAGUCUCUAGAUUUCAUCAACCUCAUGACGUAUGACUUUCACGGCACUUGGGAAAGAACCACCGGUCACAACAGCCCCUUAUACAGGAGGCAGGCUGAGAGAGGAGGAGCAACUGAAGCUAAUAUUGAUUUUGCUGUGAACUAUUGGCUGGAGGAGGGGGCCCCAUCAAACAAACUGCUCUUGGGCAUGCCCACCUAUGGAAGGAGUUUUACCCUUUCUUCCCCUUCAGACACAAAGAUAGGGGCCCCAGCUUCUGGGGCUGGGACUCCUGGUCCCUUCACAAAAGAGGGAGGCCUAUUGGCUUUCUAUGAGGUGUGUACCUUGAAGGAUACUGCUUUCCAUAUGAUAAGAGAGCAAAAGGUGCCUUAUGCUGUCCUUGGCAACCAGUGGGUGGGCUUUGAUGAUGUGGAGAGCUUCAGAACCAAGGUGGCAUAUCUGAAGCAGAAAGGACUAGGUGGCGCCAUGGUCUGGGCCAUAGACAUGGAUGACUUCAAGGGCACCUUCUGCAACAAGGGCCCGUACCCACUCAUCCAGACGUUAAAGAAGGAGUUGGGCAUCACAUCGCCAAGCGAGAGCCCCGCUCCAGGAGGAAACACCUUCUGCCAGGACAAAGAAAAUGGCCUCUACGCCAACUCUCAAGACCGCAACACUUUCUACAACUGUGUGGAGACACGGACGUUCCGACUGUCCUGCCCUGUGGGCCUGGUGUAUGACGACUCCUGCAAGUGCUGUGACUGUUCAUCGCUCCAGGACCAGAGCUGACUCCUCCGGUUCCCCUGCCAACCUUGGAGCUCGUUCCAACUGACCACCCUGCCCUGCUCCUAAAACUCCGCUCUGUCUCAACUCAGAGCCCUAUCAUGAGGAGGGAUUCAGGCGUUUGUGGCUGUAUUUUAUACUCUCCAUUUUGUUUUUUCCUUAUUAACCCCAGAUUUGUGCUUUGGUUUCUAAGCCUUCUUUCUCUCUAGUUACAAUAAAUUGUAACCCCUUCUCUCAUAGGAGAAAUAUAAAGCUGAAACUGUC